UGUGCUGCUGAAUUGGCUGAGGGCAUGAAAGUCAUCCCAGAGGAUAACUAUGUUAUUUUGAAAUAUAUCUGUCGCUUUCUGAGAGAGGUAGACUAAUUGUUUAUUCACAGUUUAGGAAAUCAAUGCAACUUAAGAUUUUAGAUUAGGUUGUUUUUGUUUUUGUCAGUUACAAAAAUUUCUUUAGAAGCCUAAUAGGUUUUUAAAAAUCACUCACUAUAUUAUUUAUAUUAGAUCUAUUUUUACCUUAUUUCAUAUUAAGGCAUAGGCCUUCGCAAUGCCAAUAUUAUUUGUUUUUGAAGUUUGAUCUAUUUAAAAAGAACAGAAAAGAACUGUCUAUGAUUACUUUUAGAAAAGAAUAUCAGAGUCUCUUCUAAGUGCUUUUUUUUUUUCUUUUGUAAUUUGUACUCGUUACAAGACAGUAUCCUGCACAACUGUAUGAAGCGGGUUUAUAUUUAUUGUUUUAUCUCUUACAUAUUGAAAUGGCAGAACUCUUUCUAAACUCUGCAUAGGUUGGUCUUUAUGAGGCUUCCAACAAGAUGUCAAUGAUGAGUCUUGGCACAGUGUUUGGUUAUAACCUCAUUCGCCACAUUGACAAAGAGAAUUCACAACUGUUUCUCUGCACAGCAGACCUGGGUCAGAAUCUUGUGUAUAUGAUGUUGGAGUAUUUCCCAAAGGUUAGUGUUGACUUCUGAUCUUAUCCUAGAACUGCUUUUUAUUGGGAGAAGUAUGGUAAAAAAAGUUGAAAUUUUAUAUUUCAUUUUUUAACUGUAAACAAUUAUUAAAUGCUGAUCAUAAAGUGCAUAUUGGUAGUUUUUAUUGAUACCCUUUCAACUUUAAAGGCCUUUGACAGACAGAAAUUUUGAAAAUCAAAGAAAUCCAAAUAGUGCAUCGAGUUGGGUAUAUAAAGAAGAUUUUAAUUUAAGAUGUAUUAUAACAAGAAUCAGCAUUCAUGUAUGACCAGCCAACUGAAUCUAUCGAACCCACUCCACAUUCAGUUAUAUAAAUAUAUUCAAGUCUGGGCUUCUUAUUUUAAGUUCCUGAUCAGCUGCCUUUUGAUUCAUUUUUAUCUGACCUCUUAUUCUUUUUCAAUAAUCAAUCUUAGUUUCAUUGUUCAUACAUGAAAUAAAAAUGUUGAUCCAAGACAUUAAAGUUAAUGACUAAUCAGAAAGUAAAUUUACCUAUCAAUGUUUAGGACAAAUUUUCAGAACUAGAUAAUUUUGUAACUGAAUUUUUUGUUUUACAAAAAAUUAUUUCUAUUAAAAGAUAAAUUUUGAUACUCAGGUGUUCAUGUUAGAAUACAGUGACAAGGGUGAUGCAGGAAACAAUGUCCCGACCUCUGAUCUGCUCCGGAUGUCACGUGUCCUUGAUUUCCCAUCCGUAAUUCCAGUUAGCCCCAAUGUGCCAACUUUCAAAGAACUUGAAGGUAUAGAUUUUAACUGUGGUACAAUCACCCCGCCAACUUCUCGCAGCAGCAAAGGUUCUCAGAGCUCACUGACCACUAAUGACCUUGCAUCUGUGCCUCCACCAAAACAUCUUCUGGAGGCUGAUGAAGGUUCUGAUGAUGUCUUCAACAAACCCAAUGUUGUUUUAAGAAAAACCAGAAACUUUAAUCUCAACUUGUCAGAGCCUGCAGACACUGGCCUGCCCCCAAGUGGCCCGAACUCUCCUUCACUUAAAAGUGGGGAUCAUCCUGUUCCACCCAGAAGAAAGUCAAGAAUUUUACGAAACAGAAACGUCAGUGACAGAAAAAACCCUGAUGGGGGAUCGCUGGAUGGUGAGAGGUCGCCUAGAUCUCCCAUGAGCCCAGUGGUUUUAGAUCCUGAGGAUGUCCUGACAGCCUUGAGUCAUGCAAAUCUCCCAACUGGAUGUCCAGCACUAAGUCAAGCCGGCUCUUUAAAAAAAUCCCAAAAGUACACUAGUGAAAAUACUUGUACAGUGAAUGGAUCCACAUUAGUGGUGAACAGUGUUGUUUCUAAUAAAGAGAUUUCAGUUGGUGAAUCAUUGACAGAUGAGAGUGGGAAAGUUGGCCCCAGUACAAGUGAUCUCCAUAUACAAGUGAAUGCUUUGAAAGGAGAGCUCGCCGCAAAGAGGGAUCACUACAAGAAGCAAGUGAAUGCCUUGAAAAGCCAGCUGACUGAUAUCAGGGAGAAGUAUGAGCGCAGGAUAGAGACAAUGGAAAUUGAAAUUAACUCACUGAAGCAGGAGCAUGAGAAGAGCCUAUCCGCCGAAAAGACGGCAUGUGCCCAAGUGGUUGCUGAAGUAGUUGAACUCAAGGAAAAACUUCACAAGUAUCGUAUGACGUAUGGUGAUUUGUGAGUACUGUUUGCAAGUCAUUCAACAGUAACAGCCUAAAGUCAGCUUAAACUGCAGAGUCAGGAAUGAUGAGAUUUAGUUAGUCUAUAAUUGAUCAGUUAUAUGAGGUACCAGAGGGUGUAGAUCCAUUUGUCAUAUCUUUAGUAAAUAAUUAUAAAUUUUAUGGUAAGAUUUUUCUUGUUGUUAACAAAUAUGUUCUUUAAUAGGCAUUUGGUGUCAAUUACUUUUUUAAUGCAUACAUUUUUUUCAAGUGCACAAAAGUUGUUUGUUUUGAAAAAUAAUUAUUGAAACUUGAAGAUGUCUUUGAUUUACUAGACUUUGGAUCCACGUUACACAUUUUUUUUGACAUGCAACUCCAGAGAGAGGCAUACAAUUUUUUAAAUUCAAUCGGUAGAAAAUAACAGCACUCGAUUUUUAAUUUAUGUCAUUUUUUAAAAAGAAAGUUUACAAACUGAAGUGCAACAUUAUGGAAUUUUUUUUAUUCCACUAUGGCAAGAAUUACUUAUUCAUUUUUCCUUUUUUAUGCUAUUUUGUUAGUUAUUUUCAACAUACAAAUCUUAAAGGAAUAUACUAUGCCAUUUAGUUUUCAAACGUCAGCUUUGUUAAUUAUUAUCUAGACUUGCAAUCCCGGGGUAGUUUUUUUUAAAUCCCUGGUUCACAAGAUUCAAUUCCUUCAGUCCAACAUGUUUAAGUCAGAAACAGAAGCUUUCAAAUUUUUCCUUGAAAUAUUACCUCAUGCAGCACAUAUCAUUUUUAGAAACCACACACAUUUAGUUCACCACUACAUUAGCUCCACUCCACCCUCUAUAAUAUAUUUGCAAUGAAUCCUUCCCAGUAUAUUCAAGUAAGAAAAAGAUUUUACAAGUUUCAUUUUAACUUGAUACUUUUUUAACUGUAUGGGCUUUGAAAUUUCAUCGCAAAGAUUACAGUU